AUGGCCUCCCUUACACCGACGACGAUGAUGGAUGCUCUCUCAACCUUGUCGCCGGCCCAUUGGUGCCAGAUAUUCUUCGGGCUCUCAACAGCAGUAGUGUUGGCCAUCCAGGUAGUGCCAAAGACGACCCAGCGUCUUCUUCUCGACUACGGCGCCCGCUCGCCGGCUACUACCACCGACACCGACGACCGAACGAAGGAGCCCACUGGUCCCAAUGGAUUGGACUUCUUCACGCAAGUCGCCAAAGCUGUGACUUCGUUUGGUCAAAUCCCACACGCGUGGUUCAUGCACUUCUACGUCGCGUCCGUUGCAGGUUCGGCUUUCUGGGCAUGGCAGUAUUUUCAAAGCGGUUCAGUCAUGGCCAUCAUCUCUGGCCAGCAGGCGGCUUCGGGCGGCCCGGUUGUGAGCUUCCAGCAGACAGUGCUCGUCUGGACAUUGAUGGCGCUGCAAGGCACGAGGAGAUUGUACGAGUGUCUCUUUGUGAUGAGACCGGGGUCUUCUAGGAUGUGCCUCAAGAAGUAUUCAUUGCCGGAGGAGGGCCUUUUUCGGUAUCUCAUCUGCCCUCAUUACACUUGCGAAUGCCUGAUCUAUUUGGGCCUUGCCAUGAUAGCCGCACCAAAGGGCUACAUGGUAAACCGCACCCUCAUGGGUGCUUUGUGGUUCAUUGUCGCCAAUUUAGGCACAACGGCAGAUGGGACCAAGCAGUGGUACGCGCAGAAGUUUGGUGCUGAGAAGGUCGCCAGUAAAUGGAGGAUGAUACCCUUUGUCUUUUAG